GCCGAUCCAACCCUCCAUUACCGAAAUCUCGAUCGCGACGGCUAUUGUCGGUGUUCUUGUUGCUGCUCUAGUCUUUGUAUUUUCCAAGAGAAGCUUGACCUCCGCCCGUGCAUCGCAACCCAAGCAGCCCAAGCACACACCUCUCCUAGACUCCAGUCCUUCGUUUAUCCCAGAUCACAGAAACCCAAUGUCCGUCGUCGGUAUUGAUUUUGGAACCUUGAACACUGUCGUGGCUGUUGCCCGAAACAGAGGUAUCGAUGUUAUCACCAACGAAGUCUCGAACCGCACCACCCCCUCCCUUGUCUCGUUUGGUGAAAAGCAGCGAUACGUUGGCGAGUCUGGAAAGACCAACGAGAUCUCAAACUUCAAGAACACCGCUGCAUCGCUGAAACGCCUUGCCGGUCGUUCGUUUGACGAUCCCGAGGUCCGCUCGCAUGAGCAAAAGUUUGUCAACUGCAAGCUCGUCGAGGGCGAGCGCGGCGAAGUCGCCGCCUCGGUCUACUACGGCGAAGACCAGCGCAUCUUCACAUACACCCAGCUUGCCGCCAUGUUCUUCAGCAAAGUCAAGGAGUUCACCAGCAAGGAGAUCAAGGCCCCCAUGACCGACGCCGUCAUCUCGGUUCCUCUGUGGUUCACCGAUGCCCAGCGCCGCUCCAUCAUCGAGGCCGCCACAAUUGCCCAGAUCAACCCCCUUCGUCUCCUGAACGAUACCACCGCUGCCGCCCUCGCCUACGGCAUCACCAAGACCGACCUCCCCGAUCCCGCCGCCAACACCAAGCCUCGCAACGUUGUCUUUGUCGACCUUGGCUUCUCGUCCUACCAGGUUGCCGUGGUCUCGUUCGUCAAGGGCAAGCUCACCGUCAAGGGCACCGCCUACGACCGCAACUUUGGUGGCCGUGACUUUGACGAAGUCCUCGUCCAGCACUUCAUCAAGGAAUUUGACGCCAAGUACAAGCUCGACAUCAAGAGCAGCCCCAAGGCCGUCUUCCGUCUGCGCCAGGGUUGCGAGAAAGUCAAGAAGAUCAUCAGCGCCAACCCCAUCACCAUGCUCAAUAUCGAGUGUCUCCUGGACGACAAGGAUGUCCAGGCCCAGGUCACCCGUGAGCUCUUUGAGGAUCUGUCCAAGCCCCUCCUCGACCGCCUGCAGGCCCCUCUGGACCGCGCCCUGGCGGCCUCGGGCCUGACUGUCAAGGACAUUGACUUUGUUGAGCUCGUUGGCGGCAGCACUCGUGUUGCCUACGUCAAGGAUUUCCUUGCCAAGUACUUUGGCGGCUCCCCCGAAAAGAACAUCCUCUCGACCACCAUGAACCAGGACGAGGCCGUUGCUCGUGGCUGCGCCCUGCAGUGCGCCAUCAUCUCGCCCGUCUUCAAGGUCCGUGACUUUACCGUCCAGGACUGGAACCACUUCCCGAUCCAGAUCUCCUGGGAUGCAUCGCAGACCCCCAGCGGCACCGACGGCACCAUCGAGGCCUUCCCCCUCGGCAACGUCGUUCCCACCACCAAGAACGUCACCCUCUUCCGCACCCUUGACGAUGCCGAGCUCGAGCGUAACAAGGGCGCCGUCACCUUUGACCUCGAGGCCCACUACCAGGAUAGCCACAUUCCCCCUGGCGCCAAGAAGUCCAUCGGCACUUGGACCAUCCGCGGCAUCAAGCGCAUUGCCGAGAAGGCCGGCGAGCAGCACAUCAACCCCACCGAGCAGUCCAAGAAGGCCACUCUCAAGGUCAAGCUCAAGCUUGAUGGCGACAUGAUCGUCGGUAUCGACUCGGUCCACCAGAUCGAGGAGGUCAUCGUCACCACCAAGGACGAGGGUGAGAAGAAGGAGGGCGAGGCCGAGGCCGCCCCCAAGCAGAAGAAGGUCACCCGUAAGCACGAGCUUCUCUUUGCCUCCCACCACCACGGCGCCUCCAAGGACCUGCUCGCCCAGUGGCAAGCCCUCGAAGGCGAGAUGUACGCCUCGGACCGCCUCGUCAUCGACACGGCCGACCGCAAGAACGCCGUCGAGGAAUACGUCUACGAGACCCGUGGCAAGCUCGACAUGGCCUGGAGCGAGUUUGUCUCCGAGGACAUUCGCACCAGCUUUGUCGAGACCCUGAACGAGACCGAGAACUGGCUCUACGGCGACGGUGAGGAUGCCACCAAGAGCGUCUAUAUCGAGAAGCUCGAGUCGCUCAAGAAGAUCGGCGACCCCAUCGAGGAGCGCUACCGCGAGUUUGAGGAGCGUCCCCGUGCCGAGAAGGCCUUCCGCGAGUACGUCAACUCGGUCAUCGUCGACCUCCAGGCUGAGGACGGCCGAUACGACCACAUCUCUGCCGAGGAUAUCCAGAAGGUCAAGACCGAGUCCCAGAAGAAGCUGGACUGGAUCAACACCGUCAUUGGCAAGCAGAACGAGCUCGCCAAGCACGCUACCCUGGCCGUCACCAGCGCCGAGAUCAACCUGAACGCCCAGACUCUGAAGUGGCUUGUGACCCCGAUCCUCUCCAAGCCCAAGCCUGCUCCUGCCGCCCCCGCCCCUGAGGCCGCUGCCGCCGAGCCUGCUGCUGCCGAGACUGGUGCCGGUGCCAACGCCGACCAGCCCAUGGAGGAGGCUCCUCAGGCCCAGACCAACAUGGAUGUCGACUAAGCGCACCACACUCCCCCUUCUCUUUCUGCUCUAUUUCCUUUCACGCGCCCCCUCCCUCACGCUCCAUUUUUUUCUUUCUUGAUCGAACUUGAAUGCAUAUCCUACUUGUAUAAAGAGACAUCAAUACAACUAUCCUAAGGGAAAAC